CGGCCCAUCCGCAUCACACGAGGGGGAAGCGCGGCCGCUCGCUCUGCCCCGGCGCCCGCCUGACUCCCUCCACUUGCCGCCGCGCUGCAGCCCGGGCUCUGCUGAAUCAAAGCGCGGAUCAGGUUCCCUGCCUCCAGUAUAAAAAUCUCGGCGAGAAAUCUCCGCCUGGAGAGAGACGGGGCACGGCAGGAGCGGGGCUUGAGGCGGCGGCGGCGGCCGGCGAGGCGAGCCCGUCCGUGGGGAAGCGAAGGGACGCGCUUCGGCGGCGGUAGCAGCAGCAGCCGGGGCUCAGCGAGGACGCCCGCGGCUUACCCCUCUCAGCUGCGGUAGAAGAGCUUUCUGCCGCCCGAAAAUGCAACAGGAACAACAGCAACGCCGAAUGUUCACAGCUGCCCUCCUGGCACUUGUUUUUAUUCUGGCAGCUGUGAGUACCACAGAGGCUGGCAAAAAAGAGAAACCAGAGAAAAAGUCGAAGAAGUCUGACUGUGGGGAAUGGCAGUGGAGUGUCUGUGUGCCCACCAAUGGUGACUGUGGCCUGGGGACACGUGAGGGCACUCGCACUGGAGCUGAGUGCAAACAAACUACCAAGACUCAAAAGUGUAAGAUCCCCUGCAACUGGAAGAAGCAAUUUGGAGCAGAGUGCAAAUACCAGUUCCAGGCCUGGGGAGAAUGUGACCUGAAUACUGCCUUGAAGACUAGAACUGGGAACUUAAAGAGAGCCCUUCAUAAUGCUGACUGCCAGAAGACUGUCACAAUCUCAAAGCCCUGUGGGAAGCUUACCAAACCCAAACCUCAAGAAUCCAAGAAGAAGAAAAAGGAAGGCAAGAAACAAGAGAAGAUGCUGGAUUAAUGGAGCCAACUUGGGCAAUGUGAGAAAGGGACAUCAGCAAACAUGAUCAGUUAACAGUUUCAUUUAUACCUAGGCAUUUUAUCCUAAAAUUAUUUAUAGCUUAAUGGUAUCAUAGAAGGAAACAAGCAAACACAGAAAAAAAAAUCUUUUUUUAUUACUUUAGUAUUUUUAAUGUAUAACCCUAACAACAACUUUUAGAGGCCUGUAAUAAAGGACUCCAGUCUCAUUUAGAAAAUUAUGUCUAUUGUGUAUUGAACAAUGUAGAGGUUUUUAAAAUAUUCUCAAGUCUUGCCAUAGGUCUCAGUCUGGUAGUUACUCCAUGCAAGCAGAACUUGAACCCAUGUGGAGCUCUGCUGAAGCCAGUGGUGCCCUGUGUGAUCAUAGGAGUCUGGCUGGAUGCAAUUAUAUUUAAGAUUGGGACCUCAUAUCUGAAGAAACCCGCACUUGUUUCUUAAGUACUCAUUGCAUCUUGGUAACUGUAUGAAAUUAUUUGUUGAAGGAAACGAUGGGGGCAUUUUUUUUGAGUAUUUACAGGCAUAGAAUUUUUGGGGUGUUUGGUGACUGUUCAUUCCAAAAUGCCACUAUCUCCAGGUAAAAACCAGUAGCACUCCUAUCCUUGGUCACAUUUUGGAUGUUAGCAGUAAAAAUUUUGAAAUCAUUCAACAGUUGGACAUGGAAGAGUCCUAAUUUUUCAGUAUUUUCUAGCAAUGAUUUUUCCAAGCAGAAUAUUAGCAAAACUUCCAUUUUUCAGCAUAUCAUUGCUGGUGGAUGGUAGUGGCCUCUGGUUUACCUAUAAAAACUGAAAAAUGCUUUCUUUUAUUUGUUUAUUUUGCCAGAAAGGAGAAUAUCCUUUUGACAAAAAUCUAGUUGAAAUUGUUAUGAUUCUUCCUGACCCAACUCCCUUUUGUACCAGUGGGAAUCUUCCUGUUGAUUUUAAAUAGAGCUGGUUGAAAAAUACUAUGUCUGAUGGGAAGCAACAGAAGAAAUCUAUUUGGAAACUGC